AUGACAGAUUCGAAGCUGGGUCCAGCAGAAGUCUGGACGUCCAGACAAGCUCUACAGGACUUAUAUCAGAAAAUGCUAGUGACCGAUUUGGAAUAUGCUUUAGAUAAAAAAGUGGAGCAGGACCUUUGGAAUCAUGCCUUUAAAAAUCAGAUCACGACGCUACAGGGUCAGGCGAAAAAUAGAGCAAAUCCAAAUCGGAGCGAAGUUCAGGCGAACCUUUCUCUGUUCUUAGAGGCAGCUAGUGGCUUCUACACACAGUUAUUACAGGAAUUGUGCACAGUUUUUAAUGUAGACUUGCCAUGUCGUGUAAAGUCUUCCCAGCUGGGAAUCAUUAGCAAUAAACAGACGCACACCAGCGCCAUAGUGAAGCCGCAAUCUAGCUCCUGCUCUUACAUCUGCCAGCACUGCCUUGUCCACCUUGGAGAUAUUGCUCGCUAUAGGAAUCAGACCAGCCAGGCAGAGUCUUACUAUAGACAUGCAGCUCAGCUUGUCCCUUCUAAUGGUCAGCCUUAUAACCAGUUGGCAAUCCUAGCUUCCUCCAAAGGAGACCACUUGACCACAAUUUUCUACUACUGCAGAAGCAUUGCUGUGAAGUUUCCUUUCCCAGCUGCCUCCACUAACCUACAAAAAGCACUUUCUAAAGCACUGGAAAGUCGUGAUGAGGUGAAGACUCGAUGGAGCGUGUCUGACUUCAUCAAGGCGUUUAUUAAAUUCCAUGGCCAUGUGUACCUGAGUAAGAGCUUGGAGAAGCUGAGCCCUCUUCGAGAAAAGCUGGAAGAACAGUUCAAGAGGUUGUUGUUCCAAAAGGCCUUCAAUUCUCAGCAGUUAGUCCAUAUUACUGUUAUCAAUCUGUUUCAACUCCAUCACCUGCGAGACUUCAGCAAUGAGACGGAGCAGCACAGCUACAGCCAGGAUGAGCAGCUCUGCUGGACGCAGUUACUGGCUCUCUUCAUGUCCUUUCUUGGAGUUCUGUGCAAGUGCCCUUUACAAAACGACUACCAGGAGGACUCUGGGGCUGCGUAUCCUCUUCCAGCUGUGAAGGUUUCAAUGGACUGGCUGAAACUUAGGCCCAGUGUUUUCCAGGAGGCAGUGGUGGAUGAAAGACGGUACAUAUGGCCCUGGCUGAUUUCUCUUCUAAACAGCUUCCAGCCUCAUGAAGAAGAUCUAUCCAAUAAUAAUGCAACCCCCCUCCCAGAAGAAUUUGAAUUGCAAGGAUUCUUGGCUCUGAGGCCCUCAUUCAGGAACUUGGAUUUUUCCAAAGGCCACCAGGCAAUUACAGGAGAUAAGGAAGGGCAACAACGUCGGAUACGGCAACAGCGUCUGAUCUUCACAGGCAAAUGGAUAGCUGAUAACCAGCCGAGGCUGAUUCAGUGUGAAAAUGAGGUAGGAAAGCUGUUGUUUUUGACGGAGAUCCCGGAAUUAUUACUAGAGGACCCUAGUGAAGCCAAAGAGAGUGUCGCCUUGCAGGAAACAUCUAUUGCAGAGCCACUGUCUACGGAUGGGAGCCCUGGACUCAAAUCAGUUCUGUCCUCUGGCAGAAGCCUAAACAACAACUGUGACACAGGAGAAAAACCAAUGGUCACGUUCAAAGAGAACAUUAAGCCACGGGAAAUGAACAGAGAGCAAGGGCGAAUCUAUCCCCCUAAAGAUGUAGUUUUUUAUAGCAAAGGAAUAGUAGCCAAUAAGAAUGAUGGGAAGAAGGAUAACAAUAAAAGAAAGAAUGAGACUAAGAAGUGCGGCUUGGAUAAGAUGCAGGAAGCAGGAAAGCAGAACGUGGCGGUUCAGGUGAAAUCCCAGACGGAGAUGAGGAAGACUCCGGUGUCUGAAGCCAGGAAAACACCUGUAACUCAGACUCCAAGUCAGGCCAGCAGUUCUCAGUUCAUCCCUAUUCAUCAUCCAGGAGCAUUUCCUCCCCUUCCUAGCCGGCCAGGGUUUCCACCUCCAACCUACGUUGUCCCCCCUCCUGUGGCUUUCUCCAUGAGCACGGGGUACACCUUCCCAGGUGGUGUUUCUGUCCCGGGAACCUUCCUCCAGCCCACAGCUCACUCACCUGCAGGAAACCAGGUGCAAGGUGGGAAACAGUCCCACAUUCCUUACAGCCAGCAACGGCCCUCCGGACCAGGGCCAAUGACCCAGGGACCUCAGCAAACGCCACCUCCUUCCCAGCAACCCCUCUCAUCUUUACCAGCUCAGGCAACAGCACAGUCCACAAGCCAGUUACAGGUCCAAGCUUUGGCCCAGCAGCAGCAGCAACAGUCCCCUACGAAAGCUGUGCAAGGCCUGGGGAAGAGCCCACCACACCACUCCGGAUUCCAGCAGUAUCCGCAGACGGACUCGUCAAAGCAGCUCUGGAACCCACCUCAAGUCCAAGGCUCACUGGGGAAGAUCAUGCCCGUAAAGCAGUCCUAUUACCUGCAGGCCCAGGACCCUCUAAAAUUAUUUGAACAGUCAUUACAGCCUCCUGUGAUGCAACAGCAACCUCUGGAGAAAAAAAUGAAGCCUUUCCCAAUGGAGCCAUAUAACCAGAACCCCUCAGAAGUCAAGGUGCCAGAAUAUUACUGGGACUCUUCCUAUGGCAUGGCUGACAAUAGGGUGAUGGCACAGCAGUCUAACAUGGACCGCAGGGGAAAACGGCAAGGAGUCUUCCGCCCAGAGCAGGAUGCUGUCUCCAGGAUGACCUUUGAGGACCCCAAGAGCUCCCCUCUGCUUCCUCCGGACCUGUUAAAGAGUCUGGCUGCCUUGGAGGAGGAGGAAGAGCUGAUUUUCUCUAAUCCUCCUGAUCUUUACCCAGCUCUGCUGGGGCCUCUCGCCUCUCUUCCUGGACGAAGCCUCUUUAAGUCCCUGCUGGAAAAACCAUCAGAACUGAUGUCUCAGUCGUCAUCUUUCCUGUCCCUCAGUGGCUUUUCUCUUAAUCAGGAAAGAUAUCCAAAUAACAGCAUGUUCAAUGAGGUAUAUGGGAAAAACAUGAAUACCAGCACAAAGACAGAAGUCACCCCUUCGGUUGCCCAUCAGGAGACUUCACUAUAUUCUCUCUUUGAAGGGACUCCGUGGUCUCCAUCCCUUCCAGCCAGCUCAGAUCAUUCAACACCAGCCAGCCAGUCUCCUCACUCCUCCAACCCCAGCAGCUUGCCAAGCUCCCCUCCAACCCAUAACCACAAUUCUGUUCCCUUCUCCAACUUCGGACCUAUUGGGACUCCAGACAACAGAGACAGGAGAGUCACAGACCGCUGGAAAACAGAUAAGCCAGCAAUGGGAGGGUUUGGUCUGGACUAUCUCCCAGCAACAUCGUCAUCUUCAGAGAGUAGCUGGCACCAGUCCAGCGCUCCCAGUGGCACCUGGGCAGCCCAAGGCCCUCCUGCUAUGGAGGACUCCUCAGCUGUGCUUAUGGAGAGUCUGAAGUCCAUCUGGUCCAGUUCCAUGAUGCACCCUGGACCCUCAGCCCUGGAGCAGCUGUUAAUGCAGCAGAAGCAGAAGCAGCAACGCGGACAAGGCACCAUGAACCCGCCGCAUUGAGGCACAGGUGGCGACCCUUGCAAACGAAGGCUCCAUAAACCAUGGCAUGUUGGGUUUGCAGGACUGGCCCACAGUCCUGUGCGGGUGGCAGCCCUCUCUUCUGUUCCUCGCUGUCAGGAGGGCGUAAGUGCUCCACCAACCCACUGAGUGUGCACAAAACAUCUGCAGUGCAAGAAAACAACAUCAGGAACUCUCCCAUCCCUGGGCCCUCUGGAGGGAGAGGAGAACUG